UAGAAAUAUGUACAAGCGUAUGUAAUUGACUGCUUCAUAAUAAUUGUUAAAUAUGUGACAGAAGUUUUUUAUUGUAUCAGAGUAUAACAAAUUUGUGGUGUAUCGGCUUGCUCGCGCAAUGAAGCUCUCGCAGGCGGCAAAUGCAGCUGCAACUGCCACUGCAGCGCAAAAUAUAGAAUCAGUUGCAUUGUAUUCCACAAGCACUACCAGUCCCAAUAUACUUGCAGCUAACGAUAUCAUCCAAGGUGGCGGCAAUGGCAGCAACAACAACACCACCGAUGGCAAGAUGUUCGGGGCCACGGAUGAGAAUCAGAGUGCCAUUACGCCGGAUCUGUUAACCAAGUGGCGGGAGAACUUCUACAGUGAACCGAAAAAUUUGCUGGCCCAGAACGUUUGCUCCCGGGUAGAUCCGUUUGAUGUGUGCCUGUCCCGCAAGACACUCGAGACGACCAAUCAUGUGUUCAACUAUAAGGUGGAGACGGAAGGCAAGCCGGUUACCAAUCAGCGGAGCUCUGGACGCUGCUGGCUAUUUGCAGCACUCAAUUGUAUACGCCUGCCCUUCAUGAAGAACUACAAUUUGGAUGAAUUUGAAUUCUCGCAGGCGUUCCUCUUCUACUGGGAUAAAAUUGAGCGUUGCAACUACUUUCUUAACAACAUCGUGAAGACGGCGAAGCGCGGCGAGAAAGUCGAUGGCCGACUCGUUUCGUUUCUGCUGCUCGAUCCCACCUCUGAUGGCGGCCAGUGGCAUAUGCUGGUCAAUCUGAUAACCAAACAUGGUCUGAUGCCAAAGAAAUGCUUUCCGGAGAGCUUUAGCUGCGAGUCCAGCAUACGAAUGAAUGCCAUACUGAAGAGCAAGCUGCGCGAAUAUGCGCGACAUUUGCGGGCUCUGCUGGAAAAGGAUCCCAGUGAUGAGGAGAUCGCCUGCAAGAUUCAAGAACAAAUGUCGACGAUCUACAAAGUGGUUGGCAUUUGCUUGGGCAUACCCGCCGAGACAUUCACCUGGGAGUACUAUGACAAAUCAAAGAACUAUCAAUCAAUUGGACCGAUCAGUUCGUUGGAGUUCUACGAACGCUAUGUGAAGCCGCAUUUCAAUGUCGAGGACAAGGUGUGCCUGGUCACCGACCCACGUCCAACUAGCAGCUACGAUCAAGUCUAUACGGUCGAUUGCUUGGGCAAUGUUGUUGGUGGCCGUCCGGUUCUCUACAACAAUCAAAAUGUCGAUCUCUUACUAGCCAUGGUAACGAAAUCGCUUAAAGCUGGUGAAGCUGUUUGGUUUGGUUGCGAAGUUAGCAAGCGUUUCGCCUCCAAGCAGGGCAUUGAGGAUGUAGAUGUCCACGAUUUUAAGUUAGUUUUCGAUAUUGACAUACAAACAACAUUCUCUAAGGCGGAUCGCCUCAUCUAUGGGGAAUCAGCCAUGACCCACGCCAUGGUCUUCACAGCCGUCUCUGUGGACAAAAAUGGAGUUGCUCAGAAGCUGCGCGUGGAAAACUCUUGGGGCGAGGAUCGUGGGGAGAAAGGAUACCUGGUCAUGUGUGCCGAUUGGUUUAGGGAGUUUGGCUUUGAGGUGGUCGUCGAUAAGAAAUAUGUACCCGACGAUGUAAUGCGCGUAUUCGAUAUGGAUCCCAUUGUGCUGCCCGCCUGGGAUCCCAUGGGCACAUUGGCGCAAUAAGUCAAAUGGAAAGCUUUAGAGGGACAACAACGGAAAUAACAAUAACAACCAGUUGGCACUGCAAGCAAUAACCACACAAACUUUAAAUUCUAUGUUCAGUUACGGCGAUAAUCUAUCUUAAAACCUUAGCCAGAUUUCUAUAUAUAUUUUUUUUAUUAUCUAUAAUAUGUAUGUGUAUAUAGCACAUGCAUAUACGCUUCUCUCGGCUGAUAUUCAUUUAGCGGCUUACAUUAGAUCAAACUUAUAUACAAACAUAAUCACACAGGCAGAUACACACCUACACCUACAUCUACACACACACACACCCACACCAACACACAUGUGACGUCAAUUGUUUUUGGUAGCGUAUUAUUCUACAUAUAUAAUCCUAGCACACGCAUAGAAAAAAAACUGUGUAGUUGUAAGUAAAAAAUGAAGAUGUUUUAAAAUGAAGGCGAAGAGAAAAGUUUAGCGUGAAUUGGUGCCGGCCAAGCGCUGUUGGAAUGUUAAAACGCAUUUUAUACGUACAUAUACAUACAUACAAAUAAAGAAUUAUAUACAUAU